CGCACAUGGGCGCACAUUCAAAACACUUCAACUCAGAAGCAGUUUCGCUCAGUGCUCCGUUGCAAUCAGCCAUAAGAGUUUAACAUUGUUCAGACAAAAAAAGACUUAGAAUAUACAGAUUAUGGGAAGAAGAAGGUGGUAUCAUUGCGGUGGUUGGUUUCCCUGCUAUCCCUUUCGACGAAGACACGCAGCGUUGAGGUUUGAAAAUUUGCCGAAACCUAAGGAAGCAGAUAUCACAGAUGGCGUACCUUAUAUAGACUCAGAGAAAGAAAGCGACAUUCUAAUUGUGAGGAAAAUCGAUCCGUGUAUCGCGAUAAAUGGCGCCUUGCACCAUACAUCCAAAUACGAACUGAUGAGCAGGGAAUUUGAACCUAGCUUAGUCGUCAGGCGAGGACAAUCAUUUAAACUAGACAUUGAUCUUAGUAGACCUUACAAUGAAGACACGGACGGCAUUUCCUUUAUAUUCACAGUUCAAGAUGAAGAUAAACCUUCACACGGACAAGGAACUUUAAUUGCUCUACCACUUAUGAAAUUUCCGGAUAAAUCUCUAUCCUGGAGCGUCGUUUUAGAAAACUCUUUUCAAAAUAGCAUUACAGUUCUUGUAACUCCAUCACCAAAAUGUAUAGUCGCUAAAUGGAAGUUAGAUAUAGACACAAAGAUUAUUAAUGAUGGGUCAUACAGUUAUUCGUGGUCAUUACCGAUCUACAUCAUUUGUAAUCCAUGGUUGUCAGAGGAUCAAGUUUAUAUGAGCUCUGAGGAGUGGAGAACUGAGACUGUGCUUGAAAACGUCGGAUUAAUUUGGAGGGGUACCUCGAAUAGACUUAGACCCUGCAUAUGGAAUUACGGACAAUUUGAGAAAGACAUUUUAGAUUGUUCCUUAUAUUUAGUAAAGUAUAUAGGUAAACUCAGCGCCAUGUCCAGAUCCGACCCAGUCAGCAUGGUUAGAGCUUUAUCCGCAGCAGUAAACUCGGUGGAUGAUGACGGAGCAAUUGAAGGAAAUUGGUCCAACGAUUACGAAGGAGGAACUGCACCAACGAAAUGGGUUGGAAGCAUGGAAAUCCUGCAGAAAUUUUACAAGAAAAAGAAGCCUGUAAAAUACGGCCAAUGCUGGGUUUUCUCAGGAGUUCUUACUACAAUUUGUAGAUCUCUCGGAAUACCAGCCAGAACCGUUACGAAUUACUCGUCCGCACAUGACACACAAAGCUCUCUAACCGUAGAUUAUUUCAUGAAUGAGAAAGGCGAAGUCAUGGAAGAACUCAAUUCCGAUUCCAUAUGGAAUUUCCACGUAUGGAACGAAGUUUGGAUGGAUAGGCCUGACUUGGGCGAAGACUACGGUGGUUGGCAAGCUAUAGACGCAACUCCACAAGAAAUGAGUGAUGAUAUGUACAAAUGCGGUCCAUCGUCAGUGAACGCCGUUAAACGAGGAGAAAUAUUGCGCCCAUACGAUGCCAGUUUCUUAUUUGCAGAAGUCAAUGCCGAUAAAGUUUAUUGGCGAUACGAAGGGCCGAAUCAGCCGUUAAAACUUCUCCGAAAAGAUCCUCAUUCAAUUGGCAAAUUGAUAAGCACCAAAGCACCAGGAAAGUUUGAAAGAGAAGAUAUCACUCACACUUACAAAUAUGAGGAAACUACCGAAGAAGAACGUGCGAUUAUGUUGAAAGCUUUGAAGCAAUCCUCUAGUUCUUUCUCUCGGUAUUACUUAAACGAGGAAUUCAACGAUAUUUACUUCCAAUUCCACAUGAAAGAUGAUAUUAAAAUCGGAGAACCAUUUGAUGUCUCGCUAUUCGCGAAGAACAAAAGUUCUGUAAACGACUACAAUAUCAAUGUUCUAUUGCGAGUAGAAGUUGUGACAUAUAGAGGCAAAAUUGGUGAUGCCGUCAAGACGGAACAUUUCAAUGUUUCCUUAAAGAAAAAUUCUAGUCAAGAGAUGAAACUUCAAGUGACGUACGAAGAAUAUUUCAAGAGAUUGUUGGAUCAAGCCGCAUUCAAUAUUUCGUGUUUGGCUAGGGUCGAUGGAACCGAAUACGAGUAUUACGCGCAGGAUGAUUUUCGCGUGAGAAAACCUGACGUGAAAAUCCAAUUAAAGGACGAUCCAGUGGAAGAUACACCGUGCAAAGCAUCUGCAUACUUGGUAAAUCCAUUACCCAUACCAUUGAGGAAAGGUGAAUUUAAAAUCGAAGGACCUGGUAUCGACGAAGUAUUCAAAGUAAAAGACAACGUGAGAAGCAAUGAAAAAGUUCUAGUCGAUUUCACAUUUACGCCAAGAAAACAUGGAAAGCAUACAAUUGCAGCCAAAUUCACAUCGAAAGAAUUAGAUGACUGUGAUGGUUAUCUAAAUUUCUGGGUUAAUUUCAAAAAGGAAUUAGAAAAUGAAGUUUAAAAUGUUUUGGUUUUAGAGUGAAAAUGUUUAUAAAUCAAUUAUGGAAUAUCAUUUAAACAUGAUUAACACCAAAUGUAUUCAUUACAAGAUAAG